UUACGACGGGUAGUGGGGUCUUGAGCGAAGCCUUGGAAAUCUUAAUGCCGUAAUGCCUUUCAAAUCUUCCUAGCCAUUAGCUUACUUGAUGCGGCACAUAGUGUGGAUAAAAACUAGGGUUCUUAAGCUCUAAGGUUACAAUCCUAACAUGAUAGAGGAAUAAAGAAAAUCUCUGAUAUUUUAUAAAAAGUAUGAAUAAUCUGAAUCCGAAUGUUCUCAAAAUAAACUAGAUAUCCCUAUUUAUAUUAGUUUAAGACCUAAAAUCUUUUAUAAGAAAAAGGAUUUCUAAUUAAAACUUACUUAACUUACAUAAUCCAUCUAACACUAUGAUUCCUAACUAGAAAUAUAUUAAUUAAAUUAAAAGUCCUAAUCUAAAUAAGACUUGGAAGUCACUGUACGGGAUUGUCUUUAUUUACUGCCUUCCUGAUCUGUGAUCAUCAUGAAAUUUUUUCCCAGUAGAAAACAAGGCUUUCAGAAUCUUUUGCUCGAUUCAAUGGCUGAAUUAAAAAUUAUGCUUGAUUUACCAAACUGCAUCUUAGACUUUUCUUAAACUCUAAACCUAAAAAUCUUUUGAUGAAAUAAUGCAAUAAACAUUAUUAGGCCAAGAAUAUUGAAGAAUGUCCCCACAUCACUGCUAAAGUGUUGGUUAGGAUUUAGAAGAUGCUUGUGAAGAGGUCAUUAUUGUCUUCUAUCUGUUAAUUAGAUACGGUAAAGUUUUGAAAUAUUUAUUUAGUCAAAUGAUCAAUUGCUUUAGUGCCGGUGAUGGAUCUUAUUACAGAAGGAUUUGGGACCUUUUCUGUAGAAUCUAAGCCAUAGAGUCUCAAAGAUGGGACACCCUCAUGGUUCAGUUGGUCAGGUUGAACUACAAGAUUGCUGACGCUGAAGAAAAUUUAGGUGAAAGUGAAGUUCGAGAAGCUCAUUUAGCUAAAUCCUUGUUCUACAUUCGGAUUGGUGACAAGGAGAAAGCAUUGGAACAACUCAAGGUGACAGAAGGCAAAACAGUUGCUGUUGGGCAAAGGAUGGACUUGGUGUUCUAUACUUUACAGCUUGCAUUUUUCUACAUGGAUUUUGAUCUCAUUUCCAAGAGCAUUGACAAAGCAAAGAACUUGUUUGAAGAGGGAGGUGACUGGGAAAGGAAGAACCGCUUAAAGGUUUAUGAAGGCUUGUAUUGCAUGUCCUCUCGAAAUUUCAAGAAGGCAGCUGACUUAUUUUUAGAUUCUAUCUCAACCUUCACUACAUAUGAACUUUUCCCAUAUGAUACCUUCAUAUUUUAUACUGUCCUUACAAGCAUCAUAUCGCUGGAUAGAGUUUCUUUGAAGCAAAAGGUGGUAGAUGCUCCUGAGAUCUUGACAGUGAUUGGGAAAAUCCCAUAUCUUUCAGAGUUUUUGAACUCUUUGUAUGAUUGUCAAUAUAAAUCAUUUUUCUCAGCAUUUGCUGGCCUGACUGAGCAAAUUAAACUGGACCGUUAUUUGCAUCCACACUUCCGAUAUUACAUGAGGGAGGUCAGAACUGUUGUCUAUUCCCAGUUCUUGGAAUCCUACAAGAGUGUUACCAUUGAAGCAAUGGCUAAGGCUUUCGGGGUGACAGUGGAUUUUAUUGAUCUGGAACUAUCACGUUUCAUUGCCGCAGGGAAGCUUCACUGCAAGAUUGACAAGGUUGCAGGUGUUCUUGAAACCAACCGCCCUGAUGCAAAGAACGCUCUCUAUCAAGCAACUAUCAAGCAAGGAGACUUCUUAUUAAACCGGAUCCAGAAGCUGUCUCGUGUGAUUGAUCUUUGAAGUAGGUAGACAUUUUGUUGUGAUUCAGAAAUGAUUCUAAAACUUGAGAAUCCCAGAGAAAGAUGGAGCAUGUUGAUUUUUUUUUCUUCAUUUGAUCAGUGUGAUACUAGUUAAAAUGCUCUUUAUUUGUUUAUUUGCCCAGGUAUUGUUAAGAAUCUGAGCAUACUGAUCACGGGUGUCAGUUUUUAGUUUCUGAAUUGAAUUCCUUUUCAGAUGCUUAUUUUGA